AUGUCUGACAUUGUUGCAAGUCUGGGCAUAAAAGAGGCAGAGCUCUUGGUCUCCAAACCACUCUUCCUUAGACCAUACGUGUGGCCCUUUUCCAUUAUAUAUCCAAUCUAUCUCCAGUUAUAUUUCAACCACUAUGAUAAAUACUUUGUUGGGAAAGAAUGGACCUUUGUCUACACGAUUGCCAUUGUGUCGUUAAACUUGUUAUUUUGGUUGAUGCCUUAUUGGAACCAGGAUAUCAAUUCAAAAUUCAACUACAAUAAAGUAGACAAGAUCCAAAACGCCGAGUUCAUCAAAAUCACCCCUGCACCAAACGCAGGUAUCGGAGAAAUCAGCCGUAUCAACCGUGAAACUUUCCACGAUGGUGAGAAACAAAUCAGUUUUCUUUUCCAAAAGAGGAGAUACCUCUACCACCCUGAAUUGCAAAAAUUCUCACCACCUGAGUUUGUAUUUGAUAACAUGCCCAAACUCAAAGUAUACCAAACUACCAAGGGCUUGUCUGGGGAUUUGGAAAAAAGUAUUAGAAACUAUGGUUUGAACAAAUUUGACAUUCCAAUUCCUACUUUUUUGGAAUUGUUCAAAGAACACGCAGUGGCCCCCUUCUUUGUCUUUCAAAUAUUCUGUGUGGCACUUUGGUGUAUGGAUGAGCAAUGGUACUACUCCCUCUUCUCCCUAUUCAUGUUGGUUUCAUUUGAAAUGACAACCGUCUUCCAAAGAAGAACUACAAUGGCUGAGUUUCAAAGUAUGGGAAUCAAACCCUAUGAAAUUUACGUGCACAGAGAUGGGAAAUGGCAAAAAAUCUCAACUUCAAACUUGUUACCUGGCGAUUUGGUCUCAAUCACAAGAACUAAUGAAGAUAGUGCAUUACCAUGUGACUUGUUGUUAGUGGAUGGAACUGCAAUUGUUAAUGAAGCUAUGUUAUCCGGUGAAUCAACCCCAUUAUUGAAAGAAUCUGUUAAACUUAGACCAGCUGACGAUGACUUGCAACCUGAAGGAUUUGACAAAAAUUCAAUCUUGCACGGUGGUACAAUGGCGUUGCAAGUUACCAAACCUGAAAAUCCAAUUGUCCCUAUUGCACCAGAUGCUGGUGCUUUUGCGGUUGUUACAAAGACUGGGUUUGAAACAUCGCAAGGUUCAUUGGUCCGUAUGAUGAUCUUUUCAAGUGAACGUGUCUCUGUUGGCAACAAAGAAGCAUUUAUGUUUAUAUUGUUUUUGUUGGUCUUUGCAAUCGCUGCAUCCUGGUAUGUAUGGGUUGAGGGAACAAGAAUGGGAAGAAUCCAAUCCAAAUUGAUUUUGGAUUGUAUAAUUGUUAUUACUUCAGUUGUGCCACCGGAAUUACCAAUGGAAUUAACCAUGGCUGUCAACUCAUCGUUAUCAAAAUUACAAAAGUAUUACGUCUACUGUACCGAACCUUUUAGAAUCCCCUUGGCUGGAAGAAUCGAUGUAUGUUGUUUUGACAAGACUGGUACAUUAACUGCUGAAGACUUGGUAUUCGAAGGUUUAGCCGGCUUCAAAAAUGAUGAUAUCCACCAUCUUUACAAAGCCGAGGAAGCCCCCGAGACUACUUCGUAUGUAUUGGGUUCUGCCCAUGCCUUGGUUAGAUUGGAUGACGGUGAUGUCGUUGGUGACCCAAUGGAACAGGCAACUCUCAAGGCUGCCCACUGGACCGUGGGAAACAAUGAUGUUGUGGAAAGAGAAUCAAAGAAAAAUGGAAACAAAACUGAAAAGAUUCACAUUUUGCGUCGUUUCCAAUUCUCAAGUGCCCUUAAGAGAUCUUCUACCAUUUCAUCAAUCAACACUUUGCCUAAUAAGAACUUUGUUGCUGCCAAGGGAGCACCUGAAACAAUUAGAAAGAUGGUGAUUGAUGCGCCAGAGAACUAUGAAGACAUCUACAAAUCAUUUACUAGAGCUGGAUCGCGUGUUUUGGCUCUUGCUUACAAGUAUUUGGAUACCAAUGUUAAUGUGAAUAAGGCCAAAAGAGAACAAAUUGAGUCUGACUUGCAUUUUGCUGGGUUUAUCGUGUUCCACUGUCCGCUUAAGGAUGAUGCUAUUGAAACUAUCAAGAUGUUGAAUGAGUCAUCUCACCGUUCGAUAAUGAUUACUGGAGAUAAUGCAUUAACUGCUUGUCAUGUUGCCAAGGAAGUUGCGAUCACUACAAAGGAUGUUUUGAUUUUGGAUGCACCAGAGGAACACCAUAUUGCUGAAAAAGAUGCUGAUUUAGUUUGGAGAAAUGUCAAUGAGACUGUUGUAAUUCCAUUCAAUGUUGAAGGCAAGAUUGAUUUUGCUAGCUUGGCCAAACACGAUAUCUGUCUUACCGGUUUUGCUCUCAGUAAAUUGAGUGGCCAUGCUCAACUUUUGGAUUUGAUUAAAAAGACUUGGAUCUAUGCUAGAGUUUCUCCAACGCAAAAGGAAUUUAUUUUGACUUCUUUGAAAGAUGCAGGAUAUAAUACAUUGAUGUGUGGUGAUGGUACUAAUGAUGUUGGUGCAUUAAAACAAGCCAACAUUGGUGUUGCACUUUUGAAUGGUACUGAAGAAGGAAUGAAGAAACUUAUCGAAAAUAGGAAAAUUGAAGCGACCAAAAAAGUUUAUGAAAAACAAUCGCAGCUCUUUAUCAAUUGGGGUAAACCACCUCCACCAGUUCCACCUAUUAUUGCGCACUUGUACCCACCUGGUCAAAAUAACCCAAAGUACUUGGAAGCUAUGGAAAAGAAGGGUGUUACAAUCACUGAUGAUAUGAAGGCAGCUGUUGCUGCUGCAAUGAAACAACCUAUUGUUAUUCCUCCACCAGGGCAAAACAAGAAUGUUCCAACUGAUGGUGGCAAGUUUGCAGAUGCUAUUAUGGGUGCAUUGAACGAUGCUGAAGCAGAGGAUGAGGUGCCAACAUUAAAAUUGGGUGAUGCCUCGGUUGCUGCUCCAUUCACUUCAAAGUUGGCCAAUGUUAGUGCAGUCACUCAUUUGAUUCGCCAAGGUCGAUGUGCCUUGAUUUCGACCAUCCAAAUGUACAAGAUUUUGGCUUUGAACUGUUUGAUUUCUUCCUAUUCACUUUCAGUCUUGUAUUUGGCUGGUAUGAAGUUUGGUGAUGGGCAAGCAACAAUCUCUGGUAUCUUAUUAUCGGUAUGUUUCUUUUCAAUCUCAAGAGGUAAGCCUUUGGAAAAAUUGUCAAAGCAGAGACCACAAGAUGGAAUUUUCAACAUUUACAUUAUGGGCUCGAUACUUGGCCAGUUCUUUAUUCAUAUCGUUACCUUGGUCUACAUUACACGUGAAAUUUAUAUCGUGGAGCCAAAAGAGCCAAGUAUCGAUUUGGAGAAAAAGUUUAACCCUUCGUUGUUAAAUACUGGUAUGUUCUUGUUGCAAUUGGCACAGCAAGUCUCUACUUUUGCUGUGAACUAUAUUGGAUUGCCAUUCAGAGAGAGUAUAUCUGAUAAUAAGGGUAUGUACUAUGGUUUGUUGGGGGUUGCUGCAUUGACAUUUUGUGGAUCCACCGAGUUUAUCCCUGAGAUAAACGAGCAAAUGCAAUUUGUUCCAAUGAGCACUGAUUUCAAAAUCAAGCUUACAGCUGCUAUUGCUGUGGAUUUAAGCGCCACAUGGCUUAUUGAAAAUGUCUUGAAACAUUUUUUCAUGAACUCCAAACCAGCUGAUAUUGCUUUAAGAGAUGAUGAUGCUGAUGAUGAUGCUGAUGCUGAUGCUGAUGGAGAUGAGAAGAAGUAG